CUCCUCCUCCUCCGCUCGGCUCUCGUUGUACCCGUCCACUGGCACCCGCCCCCAGACGUCUAAGUUGUGUUCUCUCAAAUGCUCGUUCUCUCUCAGCCUUCACAGCAAUCAUGGCAGCGGCGGGCAUGCACGAUGCUGAGGCUGACGAAUUGGCGGGGGAGUGCCAGACAGCGUCAGCCUCCCUCGGCGUACAUUUAACAGUAUUCGAUAUGCUUGUCCUCGAGGCCUUAGCAGCGCCCUUGCGGGCCAUACACCGUCGCCUCACAUAUUUCUACCGAUUCCUUCUCAUACUCGCACUAUCUCGCAUCUAUGCUGUCAGCGUCGCGCACCUCCUCGGACUAGUGAACCUACGCCGCCUCUGCUUAGAUCCGACCUACACAGUCCCACUCAAGCAUGUCUUGGCCCCAGAACUUCACGGAACGAGCGCUAUUAUAUGGAUGGCCGCCGUCUGGGACAUCACCAUCCUCUCUCUGCGUGUCGCCUGGGUCUACCGAACCCAAGAUGGGGAUGUCGCCCUUCGAGUCAGCAACCUGGCAAGUGAGUGGCAGCGCACUUUGGGUCUGGUGUGCCGAUAUGCACUCGCCGGAGGGAUCGUCGCCGUGGCUGCGCAUUGUCUCGUCCUCUGUGGUCAAUGCAAGGCCAGUGACAUCCCCACUGCGAUAUUUGCGACCUGGAUCCUCGCAACGUACGUCGUCUGGCCUGUCAUGAAGGUAGUCAUGGGUACUAGGGAGGCUCCUGUGGCAUCCAUGGACUCUGUGAUGCGGUGGACUCUCGACGACCUUGUUGGGGCACUUCCGGUCCUAAGGCCGCGUAAUGUGCCUCAUGAGGACGACUGCGCGAUCUGUUUUCAGUCGCUGCAAGAGAUUCGCAGUGAAGCGCGCGCAAUCGUCAAACUUCCCCAGUGUGGGCACGUAUUCUGCAAGGCAUGCAUCAGCGAGUGGAUGCACAUGGGGGGUAGUUCCUGCCCUAUGUGCCUUAACUGCUUCCCCGACGACCUCCGUGCCAUCUGCGAGCACCGGCGUUCUGCCCCAGUCAUGUUUUUCCUGGAGGCGGCAGCUUCAUUCAUCUCAGCAUGGCUCUGGGCACUCUUCGAUGGACUAGCUGCAUUCCUCGGUCUACUCAUGUCGUGCUGCCACCGAAUCGUGAUGCUCGUUCGCCGGCUCACGAUGUUCUUCCGCCGGCUUACGACUUUCUUCUGGCGACUCACGAUGUGGUUCUUCCCUUGUCUCCCGGUGUUCUUUGGAACACUUGCGGCGCUUUGGGCUGAGACGGCACGGGUUCCUCAAGGAUCCGACUGGUUCCUGAACGGGCAACGUUCUGAUCGUAUCUUCGACGACCGACAGCACCAACACGACACUCCUUUCCAUCCUUCCGAGGCCUGCGACAAGCGUUUCGAAGAGCUCUUGGCGAUGAUGCAACAACAUGCCGCCAUUCGUUCGGACGACAUAGCUCGGCAAGACAGAGUCAUACAGUGUCUCGAGCGGCUUCAAGUUGCAUUGUCUGUUGACCGCCUGGCCCAUGCGACAGCGGAGGUGCGCGCCCCUCCGGCCUUCGAUGUGUAGGUCUCGGCGGGGAGGACGAGAGAGCGACUGGGCCAAUGACAAGUCAAGACCCGUAGCUGGACGAGUGAGAGGUGAUGUUUACUAGGAUCGUAUCGUCUUUGGGUAUUGCAGUCUUUCUAGGAUCUGACCAGUCAAUCCGCGCGCACCCGGCUUGGCCGAGCCCGGGUCUGCCAUCGGUCGGAUCCUCUGCUGCGACACAGGAAGGUUUUCUCUGAGUCGCUGUCACCUUUUGUCGAG